CCCAACCGAUAGUAAAGUCAGUUUGGCCCCAGCAACGACGGGAGAAGGUUGCGGCCAUGGCGAGAGCGGUUGCAUUCGGCUGGGUUAUCUUGGCGCUGACUAUAGCAACCACAUUGGGUGAAGGUCCAUCCGGACCGGAGGACCAAGUUAAACCUUCAAUACGAUUCGUGGAUGACCUUCCAUCCACCGCCGAAGAAGAAGAAUUAGACCCAUACGUAGCCUCCGAGUCUACGCACAAGUCGAGACUCAUCCGGAACUCACAUCAGCUCGGUGAGGAGACUUUCAGGUCCCUUUAUGAGAGGUCAGUUGACGAAGACUCAAAAACUGCUUCCAGGCCCGUCAGGAGGAGGUCGGGUGGCAGGCGCAGGCGCCCUCUGGAUCCGGAGAGGAGAAGGCAGCUCCUGCUGAGGCGUCAGAAGUUGGGGCUGCCGGUCAGGAAGUUUUCGAGAGGCGAGGACGAUGAACAUCAUCAUGGUCAUCAAGAGGGUCAGCAACCUGAUUCCCCUUCAAGGACUGAAUCGGUUGAGGACGUCUCAGUCCUGGUCGCCACUCCGGGGCCUAAGAUGGUGCGCGUGUUCCCUGACGUCUUCACCACGACGGAGCCGCCUUCGACGACUCCUACCGCCACAUCGACAACCUCUCGGUUUCCUUCGUUCAGCGCCGCCUCCAGACUCAGGCAGCGCUUCAAGACGAUACGGGACGAGUGGGGCAUGAGGACCGAUGCCAAGCCCGACGAAGAAGAAGAGGAAGGGGAGGAACACCCCGCCGAGGAGCCGAGGAGCAGAGUGACUUCCAGAGCGAGGGUUGUCACGGCAUCCACUCGCGGCGCCAACAGGCAGGACAAGAGGCUCAGAUACCGUCCCGUUCUCGUCAGGAAGAAGCUGAGGUCAAAGGUCAAGGUGACCUCCCCAGACCCUCCGGCGCUGGAGCCUGUUCCAGUGGAUUAUGACGAGGACCAGGAAGGAAGCUACGAGCUGGAAACGCAGGGUUACGACUCCUUUCCAGAAGAGCCGCUGUCUGUCCAGGACUCGUUCCAUACCGAGCCAUACCACUUCAGCAGCACAGAGCCCUCCAUCUACGAAACCUCGACCAAGCCCAGGCACACGCCAGUGCCCAAAAAAGUGGCACUGGAGAUUCCUACCCAGGUCCCCACCAAAAAGCACUUCUUCCAGGAACUGAGCGACGGCCCCUCCAAGAGCUCUUUCCGACACGGUGGGGGCAGGGUCGAGCCCAAAAGACUGACGCCGGUGCCCUUAGGGCCAGAACUGACGCCCACGACCUUACCCGAAUAUUUUUCGGAGGUGCCACAUGUCACGGAACAGGCCUUUGUCACGGAUCGUGCCCCGGUCCCCAGUUUGGCCCCUGAACCUGGUUUCGACUAUGCACAGCAGGCUGGUUAUGCCCAGGAUUACGCCCAAGAGCAGCUGUUUGCCGAGGAGCCGAUUUACGACCUGAAUUACGACACGAGCGAGGAAUAUUCUUCAGAGGAUUACGACGACAAACCUGGGAUUUUCGACCAGUACAAAUAUGGUUACAGCGUGGCGUCCAAAGACACCGGGAAUUAUCACGCGAGAUCGGAGGCCAGAGACGGAGAGACAGUCAGUGGGUCUUACAAGGUGGCCCUCCCUGACGGACGCGUCCAAAUAGUGACCUACGUAGCGGACGACAACGGAUUCAGAGCAGACGUCAACUACGAAGGAGAGGCCGUUGACCAAACCUCCCAUUCUCCGCCCUCUGGGGCAUCUGCUUCCUCAUUCUCCCCUUCAGAAACUCACCCGGGAGGGCGUCCUGAGGACGGACGUCCGCCCUUCCGCCAGCACGCGAUCGCCGAGGACCAUUUUGACGAAGACCGCCAUGAUUUUCACCACGACCUGCACCAGCAGAGGCCCAGAGCAUCUGCAGCAGAUAUCCAGCCACAACUCCAUCCUACGCGCCUACUCCCGCGUCCAGUGGUUCAUCCCCCACAACGACCUUUCGAGAAGCCCGUCACACUCGUCCCUGACCUGGAGGACGACCUGACGCCCACCCAGGCGCCUAGGCCGAUCAACCAGAACCUGAGGUUCCACGACGCCGUUCACGUCUCCACGCCUUCGCCCAAUCCUUUCCGACUGGUGGUGGAGAAGUCCCGUGCUUCGACUUACGCCCCUCCGAUUCACAGCGCCACCAUCAGCGCUUUCAGGAGCGCCAUGAUCCUCCAUAACGCAAGGGAACUCACCACGCCUACGUCUACUACGACAAGGGCGCGUGACGUAAGCGCGUUCACUCAGAGUUACGAGGCUGGCGAAAGGCACACAACCACCACCACGCCUCCUUCUGUGACUUUCAAACCGCUUUCAGGAAGCCACGAACAGGACAACUCGCUCCUGUCCACGACCCCACCGCCAACCCUGAAGCUCAGACCGGCCUUUUCCCACAAUAACUUCUAUCGGCCGUCGGGCACAACCCCAAGACCCCCCGUCACACAGCCUCCAAAAUCAGAGACGACCAACGCCCACACCAUGAGACCUCCCCAUUCCCCAACAGACGCCCCUGAUGAGACUUCGGGCAUCUACCACUACCAUUCACACGACGACGAUCCGAGAGAGGGCGAAACGACCCUGUAUAACCCAGAUCCCAAAUCGACGGCCUUUAUCCACGCCCUUGGCAGGACCCACGCCGUGCCCAUCCUCCUGCCGGUUGACCGUCGGAGGGAGCGCGCGCCUGCUCCAGCGCACCACCGACCGCCGCCGAUCGUGACGACUUCCACCCCUAGGACCUACUACCUCAACACUCCAGCGGUCGUGUUCCCCAGCCACGGGCGAUCUACCCCAGCACCCGCCCAGGUGGUGAGGAUGAUAAGGGUGACGCCAGCGCCCCCAUUGCAGUACGCUUCGGAGGAAGGGGUCGAAAUCAUAAGGGGCGACGCCCUCAGGAGACGCCUGACUCUCAAAGUCCCCGAGCCACACGAAACGGAUAUUUAUCCGACGCCUCGGCCUAGAAUCAUGAUACUUUAAUAGAGGCAAGUAUACUUAUUAGGCUUAGUGGUCCUUCUUUGCACUUUCCUUUGGAAGUGUAAAAGUGAAUUAAGUCUGGUUAUAGACUCCUGAUGUCUUUAGAGACAACUCCAUCGAUAUUUUCUUAAUCCAAAUCCAUUUACGAAGACUGUAUAUCUUUUUUUUUUCAUCUAGUUAAUCUAAUAGUUUGCUUUACCCUAGAGAAACUAAGUUUGAAAUUCGAAAAUAUCUAUUAUAAUGUCAAAUGUCGAAUUUUUACGUUACGUAGCAGUAGGACCUAUGGCGACGUUUUAUGAAAAAAACGGAUACCACACAGCUUACAUGAUUAAGCAGAUUCCGGUACCACUUUCCAAUAGACUUUACUCUUGUCAGUGUUCUUUCAUCUUUUUUUCUUUUGUAAAUAAUUUUUUCCACAGCUGAGAAGUGAACGUUAAUAGAAGCUAUUUUUUAUACUCUCUUAUUUGUUUGAGAUGUUCAGAAACAUAUUUUUGUAUCGUAUUAUCUUGAUGUGACCGAGAAUAAAAGGUUGUAUACAAA